CCUGAGUUUGUGGCCAUUGUGGCUUAUACGGACCCUUCCGACCCCUCAGCCCAGGAGGAGAUGUUGAAAAUCGCUGCUGUGAUCCAGUCGCUGGGCUGGAGCGACAAGAAAGACACACAGGAUGCCCUUGCCGAAGUCCUGUCCGUCAUGUCCAAGGACGCUUCGGGGACCCGGGUGAGGGUGGAGGAGGCAGGCCGGGAGGUGGACGCCAUGGUCCUGAGGAAGGCCGAAGACGACGGGAACCUUCUGGAAUGCAUUUCUACCUUGGCCGAGCCAGAGACCCCGUCCGAGGGGAAGCGGGCGCAGCGUGGCCUCCUCCGGGGCUGGGGCGAGGACGACGAGGAUGACGGGGGCCUCCUGGAGCUAGUGGCACUCCUGGCUGCCCAGGACAUGGCGCAGGAGAUGAAGGAGGAGAAAGAAAAUGCCUGGGAAGGCGGGAAGUACACGUACGCCAAAGGCAAGCUGGGGGAGGUCCUGGCCCUCCUGGCUGCCCGUGAGAACAUGGCCUCGAGCGAGGCGUCGGAAGAGGCUUCGGACCAAGGGUCCGAACAGGAGUCCGAGGACACGGAGAGCGACGAGUCGGAGCCCGAAGACAGGGCGUCCAAGAAGCCCCGGGCCAAGAGGGCGCGCACGGCCCCCAAGGGCCUGGCCCAG